AUGAUAAGGAGUGUGAGCGAACCAUCCCUUGGAACAGUCACCGGCACAAUAGCCACAGCUGCGACCGGGAGAGCCAGCCGUAUAAAUAUUCCAGUAAAAAAUAUAAUUAAGAAUUAUAGGGGAAAAUGCCUUUGGGAAGGAAAAUUUGGUUUUGUAACUCGUAAGAUUGUAAUGGCGCCUUGGAGCAUGUGGUGGCAGCUAAUAAUAUUCAUUGUGGUGAUAUAUAAAUACAUAGUACAUCUCCUACUCGCGUAUUACUUUGAAAGAAGUUACAUUUAUUUGGAUGCGAGUAUUUUUAUUGGCGAGAUUAUUUUCUUUAUUGAUGUAUUCAUACAAUUAUUACAUACAUUUUGGCCUAUUUUGAGAUUACAUGUAAGAGUGUACAGGCGGAAUUAUAUGUUAUUGACUUAUGAUGUAGUAAGCCUGGUGCCUUUAAGUGUCAUUUUUAAAUAUAAACAUGGAUAUGAUGUACUAUUACUAUUUGGAAGAUGGCUGGUAAUAGGACGAAUUUAUAGGACGGUUUGUUUCUUUCAAAUGAUUAAGGAGGAAAUGCGAAAUUCUCGUAAAAAGUUAUACAUUCUGGAACACAUGUUAUUGGUUAUCCUGUUAUUACAUUGUACAACAUGCCUUUGGUAUUCUCUGCAUCGAUCAAAGAUAGUUACUGAAUGGUACUCUCUAGGAUUUCAAAUGACAACCAAAAAAUUGGAGUUUGACAGUUACAUUGCUUGCUGGUAUUACAGUGUAAGCCGUUUCUUCAACUGUAUAUUUGGUGACAGCUUUCCAGUUUAUUGGCGUGAGAAAUGGUUGACGUCGUUUUUAAUGAUCACUGGUUACGUUUGCAUGCGCUGUCGCUUUAUUGGAGGUCUGACUUGGGAAAUUGUUUUGGAAAAUAGCCGCUGGUCAAUUUUCGUCGAACAGUAUCAUCACGUGAUUAAUUUUCUAAAACUCCGUGGAGCACCUUCUUGGCUGGUAGAACAAGCAAUGCUAUACAAAGAGCAACUUUGGAGAAUGAAAGACGGCGUUCUUUCUACGCCUCACCUUAAAACUCUUCCACUGCCGUUGCAGAUGGAGCUUAUUUUUGAUAUAAAUGUCGGACAUUUUCACGAUUCCUUGCUUUUUAGGGAUAUGGACGAAUCGUUCAUGCGUCAUGUAUCACUGUUGAUGAGACAUGAGCUCUACCUUGAGGGUCAGAGCAUUUGGGACCAGGGCGUGGUGAAGAACGGCAUGUUCUUCAUCAAGCGUGGUGUUCUAGAGAUGCUUUCUGAUGAAGAUGAUGAGAGCCCAAUGAUUGCUUUCAAAGAAGGAACUGUUUUAGGUGAAAUAAGUUUAUUUUAUUCCAUACCCUCAAAAGUAACGGUAAAGGCUGCUACAUAUGUUGAACUACAGGUAUUAAGGAGGACCGAAUUCAUACGGGCGAUGACAGAGAACCCUUACGCGCUCCAAAAAAUCCGAGAAAAAGUCGAAACUCGAAUUAAAAGUUCCAAAACGAAGCAGGAUGCUAUAACUAAAUACGAUAAAAAUGAUUCAAGACUGAUAAGGACUAGAUAUAGACCAAUGAAACUGCUUAAAGAUUAUUUAGCUGGCGUUGAAGAAGAAGAUCCUACGUUUAUUGAUGAUUCACACAUGUAUUAUAAAGAUGAAAAUAACGUAAAGCAGCGGAAAUUUACCACAGAUUACUUGGAAUUAUACCAAUUAGCUGUUAAAGUUACAACCAUUGACGAGCCUCGUAUUUGUAUCCGUGCAAGCUUUCCCUGGAUCUUAGAACCUAACACGGGAUUUACAAAUAUGUUCGACGUAGCGCAUUUCCUCUUGGUAGUUUUUGUUUGUAUAAUGUGCCCGCACUACUCGACCGACUCUCUGCACUCAGAUUGGGAGCGAGUCUUGAACACAAUCGUGAUUGCGGGCUUGUUGCUCAAUAUUUAUAUUCAACUCACUACAGCGGUCAUUGAAAAAAAUGUGAGAAAAGUGACGGUUCGGGAAAUAGCCGAGGAAAAAAUGGCGACUUUUGGUUUUUACCUUGACGUCAUUUCGGUCUUUCCCCUUUACAUAUUUACUGACACAUUAGACCCGAAGGGAGAAUCAAUUGUUUCUCAAAUAGCAAUCGUUUGCCCAGUUUUACAAGUAUGGCAUAUAUGGGAUUAUUUAGAUAAAUGGGAAAAGAAUUUCAAUAGCAACGCUAAGUUCUUAUGCUUAAUUAAAUAUUUCUUAUUGUUUGCUAUCUUUUGUUACUGGUCGGGAUACAUUUUAUACGUAUUUGCUUGUCCGAAAAACAUAUGUCGAGAGAAUUCGUGGAUGGACUUACUCAUUUACUGGGAAACAAAGAUUUUCGUAACUAAUACCGCUAAGCAUGAGAGAGCUUUAAAUUCUGCGUUUGCUUUUGGCACAUCUAUUUUUACUGGCAGUGGGACGUCGGGUAUAUCGCCAGGCGGUGAAGAUUUAUUCUUGGUUAUAGGUCUUAUAUUUAUGGGAUCAUACUUGUCUUACUUCUAUAUUGCAAAAGUAUGUUCUAUUUAUAUUUUAUCAACACAAAGGAAGUUAAAUUUUAAGGAAUCAAUGAGAGAGCUAUUUUAUUUCCUCUCUGUAAACCACGUCAGCACCAAAAUCAAAGCUCGAGUAGAAAAAUUCUUUUGCGUGCAAUGGUACUACAACAGCGCAGUACUUAAUGAAGAAAUAUUCAAAGACAUGUCCAGUAACAUCGAACAGGAGAUCCUGUCGCUUCAGACGAUAAAUAACCUUUCGUCUUGUCCACUGUUUCAAGACAGCAGUAGAGAUUUCCUACAAACUAUCGCAACUAACACUACAAUUAUAGUGUUACCUGACAACGAGAUCGUGCAACACGCUGGCGACAUCGGACGUGACAUGUACAUUUUGAAAAAUGGUCAUUGUAAUAAAUUGAAUCAUAAUGGAAAGAUUGAGUGCUCCAUUGGUCCCGGGAGCAAUAUCGGAGUUGUGGAAAUGCUAUAUGGUCUUCCGAAAGUGCACACGGUCCUGACAACGACAAACUGCAUAUUGUUGCACGUUGAAUACUCCGCGCUCAUGCAGAGCUUGAGCACAUUCCCCGACAUCAGUCAGCCUAUUAUAGCGGCAAUCAAAGACCCAAAUAUUUGUAGACAGGCGUCAAAAUUCGAGGAAAGUAAGCCUCUUGUCGGUAAAAUAGACGCAAAGACAAACAGGAUAGCGCGCGAAAUAAAAGAGAGUUUCGUAGUAGUUAGUGGGCGAAGAGACAAAGCUCAGUUUGUACAGGCUUUUGAUAAGCUGGGCGUUAUGAGAUAUAUAAGAUAUUUCUUUCUUCCGGGAUGCAUUACACCACACGGAUUAUUUUUGAAGUUCUGCUGCAUCGUGAGAUUUAUAAUGGCCAUGUAUUACGUACUGAUCAUUCCCUAUAAUAUCGCUACAAAACAAAGUAAAAAUAGUGGCGUAUACAAUUGGACUGAUAUAGUAUUAUACGUAGAUGUUAUUGUGAUGGCGUAUGUAGCGUACUACGACGAAAAGUCGCUUCUCAUUACACACCCGCUCCUAACCGCUACAAGAUAUUUGAAGCACGCAUUCCUCUUGGAUUUUAUUAGUGUUUUUCCGUUUGAAGAAUUGAUCAAAGUAAUAAAUGAGCAUGCGAAUGCUGAUCUUUAUAGGAUUAACCGAAUUUUACUGGUAUUUCGAAUAACUGGAGCGUUUUCGUACUGGGAAGGCAAUAUAAUGCAAGUGAAUCAGGUAGUCGUUCUGCUUAAAUUCCUUCCGAUCGCACUAACGUUGGUCAACUUUGCCACUGCAUUCGUAUUUAUGAACUCCUGCAAGGCCUUUACCGUGCCUUCAUCUAGUUAUAUCAUAGUGAAUUGCACUAGAGAUUUUAUGUUUUCUAGCAAUAAAGAGCGAUUAAAGUAUGCUGUGACGGAAUAUUUUCAUUACUUUUUCUGGGUAUUCGAGACAUUUGUGGGUUGUGGAUGUACUCCAGAAACAACUUCUAACACAAACGAUGUGUGGUUGUCGAUGACAUUGCAAAUAAUUGGCUUAAUGUAUUUCGCAUUCAUGUUUGGUUACAUUGCUUCUACUCGCUCUUCGGCUUCACAUGCCUUACUAGCUCAUACGGAAGAGACAAAAGAUUUGGUUGAAUUUUUGAAUCGACAGAACGUUGAUCCAAUGCUUACUGUAAAAACUUUGAAAUAUUUUGAAUACGUCUGGAAAAGAACUCACGGCAGCGAUCCACAGAAAAUAUGCCGUGGUCUAAAUUCGGCGCUAAUGGAAGACACGCUUGUGUUCAUGUACGAGAAAGCUCUUCGCGAAGUUCCCUUGUUUGGGCGAGUCGAGCGUUCCUUUAUCAGGGUCAUCACACAGCAUUUGCAAGAAAUGUAUUUCCUUAAAGGCGAUACUGUAGUACAGUGCAAGGACAUGCAAACUAACGUUUACAUUAUUUACAGGGGGAAGGCUGAUGUUUUAAGUUCUUACAAUGAAAUGAUCACCUGCAUGGGCCCUGGUGGCAUGUUUGGUAAUUUUAGUGGCCAAACAAUUUCAAGUUCCGAAGUUACGAUUUACGCUAGCAGAAACUUGGACUUGCUAGUGCUGCCUUCGCAAACAUUCUUUAGUUUGGUCAAGUAUUAUCCGAGGAUACAAGAACCGUUAAGCAAGGCAUUCGAAGUAUCGAAAGAUUACAUCUUACCUAUAUCUAUGGAAAAUGUCGAGGAAGACUCUUCAGAUAAUUCUGAUUUCGAUUUACUGUCGCAAGAUUCAGCGUUUGAUUCGAGAAGCGGUUCCAGUAGAUAUAAAUCCCCAAUAUAUAUUUAGUAUGAAUUCAAAGGUGGUCAGUACGUUAUCACAAGUUCUCAAUCAACAAGCAACGUGAGUCAAGCGAUGUCUUCAGCUAGUAUUUUAACAUACCAAAGUUAUUUAGACGUUAACAGUCUUCGGAAGCCUGGUUCGAGGUUGUAUCAGGGUUUUGGUUAUUUCAACUGUGUAUUGGUGACAGCAAAUUACGUUUUGAUACUCUACGAACUUGUAACAUUAAAUGACUGCUAUAUUAUAUAUUGGUUGCAGUCGUUUUUUGAUAUAUAUUUUUAUAUAAAAAUCUAUUUAUCUAUGCACGAGGGCUACGUCAAUCGUCACGGAAUUCUCGUAAUAGACGCAACAAAAUGCCGCGCCAGGUACUACAGACACAAACUGUGGGUCUUAUCGGAUUUAUUAACUAAUCUACCGCUAGAACUAUUUGGAUUUUGUUUCUCUGUACCUCUUACAGCUAUGCAUUAUCUGAGAGUAAACAAAUUGUUCCGAUUAAAGUAUCUGGUCGAGUUCUAUCAUAAAACUUCAGCAGAACUUACAAAUAAUCUCACCACUUUACAGUCCGCAAUGACAUUUUUUGUUGUUAUCUUGUUGAUACAUACGCUGACAUGCAUUUGGCUUUUAAGCUUGAUAGCAACAGCUCCUUACAAUAUUAUUCGGACAGUGAAAUUACACUUUUUAGAUGAGUAA